CCUUUUUCCUGUGUUACUCCGCUGUGGCGGAAGUAAGUCGUAUCGCCGAAAGGCCUCAUCCUUCCAAUGGCGACUGCAAACGGGCUGAAUAGAAAGCGGGAGCAACCGUGGAGGGGGUCAGCGCUGUGUUACUGAAAUUAAAUAAAUAUAUCACAUUCACUAUAGCCAUAAAGUUAGCCGAAUAUUUGUUUCACCUCCCCCAUAUACGGCCGAUUCAAUGGCCAGAAAUCGGAACAUUUCGCUCCUUGAGUCGGAGCUCUAUUACUUGAUUUCUCGUUUCCUUACUACGGGUCCAUGUCGGAGAGCGGCUGAGGUCCUGGCGAGCGAACUAGAGGAAUAUCAGCUCUUACCCGGGAGAUUGGACUGGCUGGGGAACGAGCACUCGAGAACAUAUGGAGAUGUGGUCGCAGCCAACAGACAUAUCGCACCAGACCAUUUGCUCACGAUAUGCAAGCAAAUCGGACCACUCCUUGACAAAGAGGUGCCAUCAUGUGUCCCAGGUGUACACUCUCUCCUGGGGUCUGGAAAACAGUCUAUGCUCCGGACUGCAAAAGACUGUGACGGUGUACGUUUUCAAGCUUCAUCUUUUGCAGCCCUUCACCGGGGCAGACCACCAGAGAUCCCUUUAAACUGCAAGAAACCUCCACACCUGGUGAAGGUGCAUCGGGGGAGAGAGCUGACAGGCGUGCAGCGCUUCAGCUCCAUCAGUCCUGUCAGUAACUAUGAGCACAUGCGUCUGCACAGGCGGAUCCUAGGGCAUCUGUCUGCAGUGUACUGUAUCGCAUUCGAUCGCACGGGUCUCAGGAUCUUCACAGGCUCAGAUGACUGUUUGGUGAAGAUUUGGUCUUCGUUCGAUGGAAGGCUUCAUUCAACGUUGCGAGGCCACUCUGCAGAGAUCACAGACUUGGCUGUAAACUAUGAGAACACGCUAAUUGCUGCAGGAAGCUGUGACAAGACCAUCCGUGUGUGGUGCCUUCGUACCUGUGCCCCUGUGGCUGUGCUGCAGGGUCACAGUGGAUCCAUUACCUCCCUCCAGUUUUCACCAUUUGCCAAGGGCUCCAAACGUUACAUGCUGUCCACUGGAACUGAUGCCACUGUCUGCUUCUGGCAGUGGGACGUCAAUAACAUCAACUUUAGCGAUCGGCCACACAAAUUUACAGAGCGGCCUCGGCCCGGAGUUCAGACUGUUUGCUCCUCGUUCAGUCCAGGUGGGAUGUUCUUGGUAACAGGAAGUACUGACGAUGUCAUUAGAAUAUACUACUUGGGGGGCAGCAGCCCGGAAAAGAUCUCGGAGCUACACGAGCACACGGACAAAGUUGACAGCAUCCAGUUCUGUCACUCGAGUGAAAGGUUUGUGAGUGGGAGUCGAGAUGGGACAGCCCGGAUCUGGAAGCUCCAUCAGCGGCAGCAGUGGAGUGCUGAGCCGAUGAGUGAAGAGGAGAGCUACUUCAAACCCAAAGUCACCAUGGUAGCGUGGGAUCGGCACGACAGUACAGUCAUCACGGCUGUUAACAACCAUCUCCUCAAAGUGUGGAACUCCUACACAGGGCAGCUGCUACAUAUCCUUAAAGGCCACGAAGCCGAGGUGUUUGUCCUCGAACCGCACCCUUUCGAUCCCAGGAUCAUCCUGUCUGCCGGCCACGACGGGAAUGUGUUCAUAUGGAAUCUGCUAAGAGGAACAAACACGCAACACUACUUUAACAUGAUUGAAGGUCAGGGUCAUGGGGCUGUGUUCGACUGCAAAUUCACCCCUGACGGCCAGCGCUUCGCCUGCACAGACUCUCAUGGCCAUCUGCUCAUCUUUGGUUUUGGCAGUUCCAAACCCUACGAAAAGGCAAGAACUCAAGCUCCUUUUCUUCCCGACCAGGUGUUCUUCCACACGGACUACAGACCGCUGAUCCGGGACGCCAAUGGCUUUGUGUUGGAUGAGCAGACGCAGCAGGCGCCUCACCUCAUGCCUCCACCAUUCUUGGUGGAUGUAGAUGGAAACCCCCAUCCACCAAGAUACCAGCGUCUUGUCCCCGGGCGGGAGAACAUUGCUGCUGAGCACUUGGUUCCUCAGUUGGGAUACGUAGCCACAAGUGAUGGUGAGGUGGUGGAGCAGGUGAUCAGCCAGCAGACUGCGGAGCACGAGGAGAUUGCAAUAAGACGCAGUAGCCUUCUGGAUGAGGCCAUCCGGCAGCUUCAGCAGCAGCAGGACCGGCAGAACCAGCCAGAAGCAGCACCGGGCCCUGGAGCUGGACCUGAGGGGCAGGCCGAAGCGCAUGGCCCGGGGUUGGCACGAGCUCCGAGCACACCGCGCAGAGUGUCCGUGAACGAGCGAGCAGAUGUGCAGUCUCCUCCUAACGUGGGCCUGCGCCGCAGCGGGCAGGUGGAGGGCGUACGGCAGAUGCACCAGAAUGCCCCUCGAAGCCAAAUCGCCACCGAGAGGGACCUGCAGGCCUGGAGACGCAGGGUGGUGGUUCCUGAACUGGCAUCCAGUAACCAUAGGGUUCAGGAGGAGAGUCGAACAGCCAGAGGAGACGAGGAGGUGCUUCUCUACAACACAAAAAAGAGACGGAUAAUCUACAGCAGCUGCAGGGAUGAUUCAGAUGAUGAACCCCCCACUACGAAGAGAACCCACGGCCACAGAGGCUCACUGGAAUAUAUCGACUUGUCAUGUGAAGAAGGAGAAGAGACCUCAAGUUCAGAUGCACACUCUGAGGACAAUGAAUUGGAUGGCAGUGACUUGGAUUCCUCCAACGAUGAGGAGGAGUGGAAGAGUGACAGUUCGAGCCAUACAUCCAGCGAGUACUCGGACUGGACCGCAGACGCUGGCAUAAACCUGCAGCCCUCCACCCCCGUGUCGUCGCGAAAACGAGCCAGGCGCCAACUCAGCAGCUCCGAGGAGGAGGAGGAAGAAAAUGAGGAGGAUAACGAUGAAGAGGAGAAAAAGCAGCAAAGCGACGAUGAGGAAAAGCCUGUGAAGAAAAGCAAACUAAAGGAGAAAAAGGCCAAGACAAAGUCACCCCGACGCCCAAAGGCCAGGCCGCCUAUUAACAGGGAAGUGUCAAAUGAGUUCAGGCCAUCGCCAUGGAUCACUGAUGUCAUACCCAGGAAGUCGCCAUUCGUCCCCCAAAUGGGCGAUGAGGUGAUCUACUUUCGGCAGGGACACGAGGCCUAUGUUGACGCUGUGAGUCGGAGCGAGCUGUACCCCAUCAACCUGGAAAAGCAACCCUGGAGGAAAAUGGAGCUGCGGGACCAAGAGUUUGUGAAGAUCACCGGAAUCAAAUAUGAAGUUUGCCCUCCGACGCUCUGCUGCCUAAAGCUUACCCUUAUCGACCACGGCACCGGCAAAAUCACAGACAAGUCCUUCACUAUCAAGUAUCACGACAUGCCAGAUGUGAUCGACUUCCUGGUGUUGAGGCAGAGUUAUGAUGAGGCACUCCGAAGAAACUGGCAACCAAACGACAGGUUUCGCUCGGUGAUAGACGAUGCCUGGUGGUUUGGGACCAUCGUCUGUCAGGAGCCCUACCAACCAGAGUACCCGGACAGCCUCUUCCAGUGCUUCAAAGUCAGAUGGGACAACUGUGAAACAGAGAAGCUCAGUCCAUGGGAUGUGGAGCCCAUUCAGGAUGACGCCCUGCAGCCCGACACGGACGGAGGUGGCAUCCCUGUGACUGCUGAUGAGAUGAAGGACCUGAUGUAUAAGCCACUGGCCGGGGAGUGGGGCGAGAGGAGCAGGGACGAGGAGUGUGAACGCAUCAUCGCCGGCAUUGAUCAGCUCAUCACUGUUGGGAUUGCUGCUCCGUUCUCUGGUCCCGUUGACUUGAUCCAGUAUCCAACUUACUGCACCGUGAUUGCCUAUCCUACAGAUCUGGGCACCAUCAGACUGAGACUUAUGAACAGAUUCUACAGACGCCUCUCUGCAUUAAUUUGGGAUGCCAGAUAUAUUGCACAUAACGCCCGCACUUUUAAUGAGCCAAGAAGCAAGAUUGCUCACUCUGCAAAAAUCAUCAGUAACGUCCUCCAGAGAUUUGUCAAUAACCCAGGCUGCAUGGAUGUCAUGGAGAUUUACAGUGCUGUGGAGGAAAUGGAUGAUGAUGAUGAGGCAAACAGUCUAAUUUCUCCAUUUAAGAACUCCAAAUGUUCUUACUCCCCAAAGGAAGAAGAUGCAGAAGCACCAGGAACCUCUUCUGGACACAGACUGCGUCAGCGCUCUGUGGAGGUGCUGCCUGAUCGAGAUGCCUGGAAAGAGCAGUGCAAGAGUCUGCUCAACUACAUAUUUGACUGCGAGGACUCCGAGCCAUUCAGACAACCUGUUGAUCUUCAGAACUAUCCAGACUAUCAUGACAUCAUCCCUACACCCAUGGACUUCGGCACCGUGAAACGGACCUUGGAAGAGGACCGCUAUGAAAAUCCAGUUGAGCUGUGCAAAGACACGCGACUAAUAUUUGCCAACGCUAAAGCGUACACGCCUAACAAACGCUCUAAGAUUUACAGCAUGACCUUGCGGCUCUCCGCCUUCUUCGAGGAGCACAUCAGAACAAUCAUAUCCGAGUACAAAACGGCCGUGAAAAGCAACGAUAGGCUCCGCCGAAGUCAGAGGUUUCGCAAGAAAAUGCAGCAGCAGGAUCAUUCUUCCAACACCACAAGUCAAAAAAGGGCUGCUGUUAAAUCUCAGGAAAAAAUGGAGUUAAUGGCAGUAACCAAAUCUACCUCAGUCAAAGUGUCUGUUCCUGAGAGAGCCAGGCGGAGUCGGGGCAGCAUCUCAGGUCACAGCUCUUCAGACGACGAGUCCGGCUCUAAAGAGGCCUCAUCCACACCAGAGUCUGAUAGCGACAGUGAGCUGAGCGAGUCAGACGAGGACAAAAGACGUCCAGGCUCCUCAAGGCAUCAUCGGCACAGACAGAAAGCGAGAGUUAGGAGGAGCAACCGCCACAAAAAGAAGAAAAAAGUUGCUGAGAGUGACAGCGAUGAAGGUGAAGAGGGAGAGGAUGGAGAGGGGUCUUCCCAGUCUUCAGACAACCGUUAUCCCAGCAGGAGCACCCGGCUCACCAGGAACCGCGCUGCCGGAGACCGGAGGAGGACAGAGGGCCGGGCUGAAGUGAACGGGCACGCCGGCAGCAGCUGGUCGUCGCGCAGGGAGAGGCGUCGUCAGCGGGACUCGGACAGAGUCACUUCCCAAGGCUCCGAGCGGGAAGAGGACGCCGCCGCUCGCCGGCCCCUCAAGAGGAAGACCGCAAGGGCUGCAGUCGAUAAGAUGAAGCUUCUCGAGGCCUCCGACGAAGACUACGAGGACAAGGAGGAGAUGCCAACGAGGAGCAGCAGUCGCCUUCGCCAACCUCCCCGGGUCACCAAGCGCACCGCCGUGAUCCAGAGCAGCUCCGACUCAGACGGAGAAUCAUCUGCAAGAGCUUCUCAGAAUACAAGAGAAUCGGAUAGUAUAUCCAAGGAUGAAGAAGAUGGCGACGACAGCGAGUCUUCCGCCUCCCAGGUGAAGCAGAACGGAGACGUUGCAUCUUCCACAAGGAGGACCGUGAGAGAAACUGUCAAGACUAAGGGAAAUGACGCAGCGUCUCACGUGAACGGGCAUGGUGGAAAACGGUCCGAGAGCAACUCUGAGCAGGAUGACACUGCAGAGGACAGCUCCGGGGAAGCCGAGGAGGAGGAGGAGCACACACCCUGGUCUCAGAAACCUUCCCAAAGCACAGCAACCACUUUAACAAGGAAAAGUAGGAUUGCAAGUGAGGAAGACGAGGACACGGAGCGUCGGAUCCCCCGACGCAAAGCUCCUGUGAGCUCUGAUGAGGAGGACCGAGGGGCCCGUUCCCACCGUCACUCACACCAAAACGGAAAGACAGAGGCCUCCAUCCAGAGGGACUCCAAGAAGAAAAGCAAAGUUUCUCCGUCAAAAAGCCAGGUCAAACAAAAAUCUGCCUCAACGGAUCGACUGGACGGCGCAGUGUCCGACGAGCAGGGCGAUUCUCCAAAGAGAUCCGGCCCCCGCAAGAAAAGGGUGAAGAAAGAGGAAGUGGAGAGCGAUCGCUUCAGCGACGGGUCCGACUUUCAAACGAAAAGGCCGAUGAGAAACAAAAGCAAAAGGCCCCAUGGCAACGCCACUGCCUCGGAGAGUUCCGAGCUGGAGUACAAACCCAGGAGGAAGUCGAGGAGGAAGCACUCCACGGGCUCAUCGGACGAGGAGUCGGACAACGCGGACACGGCGCCGAGCAGGCGGCCCCGGCUCCGAGCGCUACCAAAAAAGAAAUACAUCAGCGACAACUCGCUCUCUGAGGAAGACUCUGCCCCGGCAGAGCAGCACAGGCAAAGAAACGGGAACAAAAGAGUCUCAGAGUCCAGGGAUGAUUGGUGCAACACCAGAGUGUCCAUCAGAACUCCCCCGGCUGAAUCUAGGACUCCGCUCUCUACCAAGAGGAAGCGCAUUUACACCUCAGACUCUGAGGAUGCAGAGGAAGAUGGAGAGAAGGAGCUGGUGCACGACAACAGCACGAACUGCACGUCGGGCUCCUCGAAGCGCUCUAAAAGGGAAUCCAAGCAUGAAGCUAGCGACAGCAAAGAGCCCGACACGUCCUCCCACUCCGACUCCAGCCAGGAAGACGAAGACGUUGGCCGCUCGGGAAAGGGGAAGAAAAGCGCCAGGCGGCCGAAGCCCAAACGGAAGGAGAGCUACAGCAGCAGCAAACACAGCAGCCCGGACUCGGAAAGCGAGCCGUCCUCUUCAGCCUCUGAACAGUCAUUCGCCAGCUCAGGGUCCCACAGCAGUCCAAAGAGGAGAGGCCGCGCUCGGACGGGCAUCGGUGGAAGGGCCGCCAGCCACCCGCUGAGGCGCCGCCGCCGGGGGGCCGCCUCGGAGGAAGAGGAAGACAGCGGGGAGUCGCGCCGCAGGCCACGGCUAAAGACGCGCGUCAACACCCGCAACCGCGGGAAACGCACGAUCAAAUAUCACGACAGUGAAUGAAGGGCGCGGCGGCCUUUCGCCAGGAAGACGGACAUUAACUGGAGACGUCAAAGACACUUGAAGGCCACGUUAUGGUAGCAGCACUGGAGUCCUCACCAAUAAAAUGCUGUGAAUCUGUUUCAUUCAGGGAUAUUUAUAUUUUCUAUGAAAAACAUGUUUAUAGAUGUAAUACAAAUUCAAGCAUUUCAACUGCUGGUUUUUCACAAAUCCAGAGCGAAACGCCACCUCCCACCAUGCUUGUUGUGAUUAGGCCGGCAGAAAGACCGUUCUGAGGAAUCUUUUGGGUGCUAUCUUAAUAUACCUCUGUCUAAUCGAGCAUAUUGCUGGCUUGCACUAAGAAACACUGUAAUGAGGUAUUUCAUACACUAGUUUUGCAUUAGAAACUCAGGGGUCAAACUAAGUUUACUGUAGUCUCAGACACCCAGAGGCUUAUUUUUGAGCUGAGGUAAGGAAGAGAAAUGAUUCCAGAUUGCCAGAUGUCCAAGCACAUUGCCUGGGACAGACAAAUCCAUGUUCAGACUUUUGACUACAGCACUCCUUUGUAAAUCCACACACUUAAAUGCUUGACUGUAUUGUGAGAUAUGAGCCAAAUGAACUACAACAAAUUUACUUUCCCCUCAUAUGUCUGUUAUCUUUCCUUAUUAAUUUGUUUUGUAUUCUAGUAAAUGGGUGUAAAUAUGUGAUUGAGAGUUAAAUUGUCCGAAUGGCGUGACGAUCAGUCAGUAGCAAAGCAUUAUUUAAAUUGGAUGGGGGUUUUUUUCUGUUUUUUUCUUGCAUUUAACUGCAGUGUCUUGCCAUCUGUCCCAAAAUUGGUACUUUUUUGCCAAGUACGGAUAACCAAAAGUACUACAUGCAAAAUGCAGUGAUUUCUCAUAUUGGGAAGACUUUUUUUUUAUUGUCCUGUGUCACUUACUUUCAGUAUUAAAUUCUUUUUCAGAGUUGAAUUUAAAUGUUUUUUGCCAGUCAUGGUUUCUUUUUUUUUCUUUUGGUUUAUGGGGAGGUUUCUAUAUACAGUCGCUUGAUGACAUUUUGCUUGUUUUUCGUACACCAUUAACAAACAGAUUUCACAGGGAAAACUGUUAACGCAAUGUGGUUGUGGAGUGCAAUGAAUGAGUUAUUCUUCUUAUCAAUAAAACGUCAGUUCAAGAUGUAUUUUUUUGUCUGUCUCAAUUUUA